AUGUCGAGUGAUCUGGACAUUGCAAAGUGCUUCGAAUUCGCGAAAGAACUCACGUUGCAAGCUGGUAAGAGACUCAAGUGUAGUUUCGGGGACGAAAAAGUUGGAUAUGACAAAACAUAUAUGCAUUUCGUAACAGAGCAUGAUCAAAAAAUUGAGAAAAUACUUAUUGAUGGCCUAUCCAGGGAGUUUCCUGAUCAUAAGAUUAUCGCGGAAGAAACAACUGGGACGGGGGAAAUGCCAGAAUUGACUGAUGCACCGACAUGGUUCAUCGAUCCAAUCGACGGAACCCUCAAUUUCCUUCAUUUAUUUCCUCAUUUCUGUAUAUCC